AUGGCUCUAAGACUUCGAUCAUCACCCUCACCUCCGGCCUUUACCUUUGAUAAUGCCGACUCCGGAAGCUCAUUACCCACGCCUUCGUCCUCGCACCCACCAUCACCGCCAACCUCAUGGCUGCCCCCGAGCGAGAUGUCUGUACUGGGUGCCAUACCACUACGGAAUACUUCAGAUAUCGGAAUCGUUAUAUGUAAAGAGUGCUCUAAACCUGUGCUGCGAAGUGUUGCUCUGGAUCAUGCAGCCGUCUGUGCCGAUAUACGCGCCGGGAAGAAGGGCGUGAAAGCGAAGAUGGAGGAGACUGCAUCGAAAGGCCAGAAGCGUAAGGCGGAGGAGCCUGAACCCGAGGCUCAGCCGAAGAACAAGAAAGCGAAGGCCGCUGCAAACGCCAAGAAUCCACCCAAAGGACGCAUCAAAGGUCCAGUCGAUCUCGACCGCCAUUGCGGUGUGAUCAACGACAAAGGUCUCCCAUGCUCGCGUUCCCUAACAUGCAAGUCGCACGCGAUGGGCGCGAAACGCGCCGUCGAAGGUCGCUCGCGCAAAUACGAUGACUUGUUACUCGACUGGCAACGAGAGAACAAUCCCAACUUUGUGGAGCCUGUCAAGCGCGAGACGAAGAAGGAGAGGCUGGAGAAGAAGGCGGCGGAGAAGAAAGAGAGGAAGCGGCAGGAGAUGGAGGAGCUCGCGCGCAAGAAGGGUAUAGAUCUCAAUGAACCCGGGGCUGAGGCGAAGCUCGAGCAACUCAAGCAGUCGACGAAGAAGAAGAAAGCGCCAGCUGCUGCCACUACUGCCAACGCCACAACGACUGCGGCUCGCCGUCCAGACGAGCCCGCACCAGAGGACCUCGCGGAGUUGGACUCGGAGGAGGAGCUCGAGUCAAUAGCGAAGAGCUUGCGUGCGGCUCACGAUCGUGGCAUGCUCGGAACACCACUCGCGCAUCCGUAUGAUACUGGAAGCUGGUUCGUCGCACGAAGAGAACGUCUACGGAACUGCAAGGACCUGUUGGCGGCCUCUCUCAACGGGACUGGAGUGAGAGGCGCUUCUGCCGGCAGUGCGGUUGCAGCAGUUACUGCAGAUUCUGACAUUUGGAUACCACUUGUAUACCUUCCUCACACGGACAAUGCUCUCUGA